ACCCUCCGACAUUCACGGACUGGUGGUGGUGCGGUGAUAGUUGUCGGGUGGUGCCAGCGGACUUUCGCAGUUGGACUCGUGCGUGUGCGGCGAGGGGGCGGAGACGAGUCGGUGCGCGCUGGCUGACCUGCAUUUGCCAGUCGCGGGGCUGCAGUCGGGCCAGGCGGACGCGCUGCCGGACUUCGACGCCAUUGCCCCUGCGCUGAGUGAGGACACAACAUGCUGGUUGGGCAUGGAAUCGCCCCAGAUGUAUGACUUGAGUGAUGCAGUGGUGAAGCCGAACUUACUGAGUGUGGCCAACAAAGCCAAGCUGGGUGGGCCGUACGGAGAGGAGUUCGGGGACCUGGCGGACCUCGGCGCGUCCGAAGUGUCUCUCGACCUGCAGGCGUUCGUCAACGACCCGCACUUCAGCGACGGCAUCUUCCCCGACAUCGUCGACGGCAAGGGCCUGGGUGUGGGACUAGGCGGCCGCGUCGCCGCGCCGUCCGCCACGUGCUCGGGUCUGACGUACCCCAGCGGCGGCUACCUGCCGCCUGCGCAGCCGACAGCAUGUGCCGGCCCGCCGCGCCUGCCGGCCGCCACCUCCCACAUCCCCGUGAAGAAGGACCCGGACGCCUCCGAGUACCACGCGUACCGGCCGCCGCCGGGCUCCGCCUACCCAGGCGUCAACGUCUACAGCCCAGCCUACACGAGCCUGACGCCGUCGUCGUCGGGCGGCAUGACAGCUAGCCGGCCGGCGGCGCCGGCGCCCGCCCGGCCGGCCGCCUCCAAGCAGCCGGGCGGCGGUUCGAAGCGCGUGGACCGCACAUCCGAGGAGUACCGCCGCCGCCGCGAGCGCAACAACGUGGCCGUGCGCCGCUCGCGCGAGAAGGCCAAGGUGCGCUCGCGCGAGACCGAGGAGCGCGUCAAGCUGCUGGCGCGGGAAAACGACGGGCUGCACAAACGGAUCGAGAUCCUCUCCAAGGAGCUGAACGUGCUUAAGAACUUGUUCGCCAACGUGGGCGUGCUGCCCGACCAGCUGCACCGGGAGAUCGCCAAGCACCUGGGCGACGGCUUCAACCGGCCACAGCCUCCCUCCGGCUUGUGACAGUAGGCGCGGACUGAGGCGCGCCGCGUGCCGCCAGCACGUGCGGACGGGCGUCAAGGACGUGCAAUGGUCGCCGGCGUGCGGCCAGCGCGUGCAGUUGUGCGUGUAGGACGUGCGGUGGUUGCCGGCCGGCGGCCGGACGUGCCGUCGCACGGCCAGGACGUGCAAUGGCCGUGGGCGAACGGCCAGGACGGCGGCGGCCUCUGUGUGACACUAGUCUUGCUACUUGUUGUAGGCGGUGCGAGA